CGAACCUCAGCUUCGGCAUUGCGAAGGUGGUGCCUUGUCCCUUUCCCCUUUAUCCAUUUAACUUACAGUGUCAUUCUGCUUCCGGUAUUUUGCAAGGAAAACAAAAAUCUCACCUCAUAAACUGCGAAGUGGAAGCUCUACUAGCGUCUCCCAAAUCGUGAUCUUCAAUAAUCAGGUAAACGCUGACAAGUUGUGAUGGCUUUAGUAUCUGGAAGAAGUUCUGGAUUGAACCCAAAUGCUCCUCUCUUCAUUCCCGCUGCUCUUCAUCAGGUGGAGGAUUUUUCACCUAAAUGGUGGGAUCUGGUGAAAAACUCUACAUGGUUCCGUGACUACUGGCUAAGCCAGCACAAGGAUGAAUAUGUUGCAGAAACUGCCAAUGACUCCACGGUUGACGAGAUUGAGAAUAUGCUGCCAGAGAUGUUUGAUCUGGGCAUUGAAGAUGAUUUAGAAAAUGAGUUUGAGCAAUUUGUGCUGUUCUCUGAAGCUAAAGAUUCUCCUGCUUGGACUGAUCCUGAUGCUGGAAAAAUGCCUCUUAACGGCAUGAACGUGGAUACAAAAGCUCUUCUGAAGAACCUGACGACACUAAACUCACCAAGGAGUCCCAAGUCCCCAGUUGGGCCUGCAAAGCACCUUGAUAAGCCACCACAGUAUGUCAACUUGAAAUGUGCUCCUCGAAGAAUUCAUCAGCCUCGUUGAAAGAAAACUUUCAUGGCCAUGGUCGUUGCUUGGUAGAAUUGCAAGCGGCUGACAAGAGUAUGAGUUGUCCUUAGAAAUAACUUCUGUAAAUAAUGCAGUUCAGGGUCGUUGUAUUCCUAGUUCCUACUUGUCAGAUGUUUUGUAUAUUUUAUUUAGUCCUUGUUCUUCAGGUAAACCUAAAGCAUUGACUUUUCAUGAUCCUUUACUGUCACUGGAUGGUUAAUCUUGAAUAUCAGAGCGAGCUUUUCAA